UCUUAUCCCCCCAACUCUCUCCACUCCAAUGCCAUCAUGGUACUCGGUCUCAGGACUAUAUAAGCAUCCAGUGCUUGCCUGAAGGAAUCACACCCUGCAAAGUCUCAAGCACAAUGAAGGGGUUGGCGGUGAUCCUCGCGAGCCUCUGUUUUUUGGCGGUUUCGCUCGCCGUUCCCGAUCGGCUUGGUGGGCAUCAUAACCACCCUCCGCAUGCCCACCCGCCACCCCAGAAUGGUUACAAAUUACCUCCACCACCACCCCAGCCUCCUACGUAUGUGCCCCCCACCAAAACCCCGCCUCCACCUCCUGUUCCCCCAAUCUACCGGUCCUACACCACCGCCACUCCCUCAACCUACCGCCCCUACACCACCGCCACUCCCUCAACCUACCGGCCCUACACCACUGCUAAGCCCCCACCCUAUACAUAUGGGCCACCUAUCACGACAACCUACCGGCCCUACACCACCGCCACUCCCUCAACCUACCGCCCCUACACCACUGCCAAGCCCCUACCCUAUACAUAUGGGCCACCUGUCACAACAGAGAAGCCGAAGUACUGGUUCGAUUGGGCAGUAAACGACCAUUAUUCCGGCAACGAAUAUAACAUGCAGGAACACCGUGACGGAGAAAAGACCGAGGGAUUCUACAACGUUUUGCUUCCCGACACGCGAGUCCAGAAAGUCACUUACACUGUCGACGGCGACUCCGGUUUCGUGGCUGUAGUUACUUACGAAGGAGAGGCUAAGGAACCUACACACGGACACACUUAUCUGCCUCCUACUCCUCCUACACCUCCUUCCAAAUAUGGUACUCCUCGUACACCUCCUCCUUCCAGCUAUGGUGCUCCUCAUUAAUGUCGAUAAGCUUCUCUCAAAGUAUCGAAAUAAUUAUUUAUUACUUAAUAUUCUAGCCUUACUAAAACAAAUAUAUGAAUGCCAAACCAACAAUCAUCACUGAUUUCCUGUUGUAAUCAGAGAAUUGAAAUAAAGUCAU